AUUCCUCCAUUUGCCUCUAAAGGUUUACUAACUCAAGUGGCUCCUAACAAACUCUCAUACCUUUCCCCUGCAAGUACUUCAGUUUCUCUUCCCCUCUCCCCCAGGGGUCAAGUGUCUGAAGCAUCUAAACCCAGAUCAGUAACUGAUGCCAAGUUUCAAAGCCCAAAACAGUUGCUGACAUCCUGGUUGAGAACAAAUUCAAGAAAACGAACUCACAGUGAUAGUGACAACAAAACUCCACAGAUCAAGUCACUAGCAUCUGAACCAAGCUCCACAUUAACAAACAAAUUCAAGGGCACGGCACAAAAUGUAGAACUGUCACUCGUAUCGCCGAGUGAUCAAACAGAAGAACAUGGAAUAAAAGAAACAAAGGAAAAUGGUUUUAAUGGACAGAAGAGCCCUUCAGAGUCUCCACUGAAGAAAAGACUGUGCGUCAACACUUCUUUAAAUUUGUCUUCACAUGUUCAAGAGAGUAAGCAUGCAAAACUUAAUCUGAAUCCAGGGAAAGAAAAUUUAACUUGUGAUAAUAGUUAUUGCCCUCCUGAAGAAGUCAAACAAGCUAAAACGAAAAGUGAUGCAAAGUGUCACAAAGAAACUUCAAUAACAACAUCCAAACAGAAAAUUACAACACAGUCCAGAAGUCAAGUUUCUACUCCAGCAAGAACCCAGAACUGGUUAACAAAGUGGAGCAUUUAUUGCAAAGCAAAGUACGGAGAUAAAAACCGUUCACCAGCUGGAAAUAAAGGUGAAAGCACUGCCACAGAGACUCUUACANCUGAA